GUAGCGUCGACAAUGGCGGGUUAAUUUGGUAUUCCAAUUUCGUUUGAUCCAAAGAAUUUCAACUUUCACAUUCGAUUUUCCCGCCAUCUAAAUAUUGAAUGAUAAGAAAAUCUAUUAUUACAAGAUAGAGAAACAAAAUCUAUUACCAAUAAACUCUAUGCUGUUUAGCUACUUGCAUUUCUUUGAAUCUUUGAAAAAUCAGAGCUAACAAUUUGUUUGAAUUUCUGAAAAAUCAGAAGAAGCUAAAACCCUUUGAAUUCGUUAAUCUGCUGGAUACAAUGGCUGUGAUUUCAGGUUCUGAGCUGAAGAGCAGUAAUACGAAGAGCUCUGUGAAAAAAAGAAAGCAAAAAACUGGCCCGGAUGCUGUAGAUGGCAAGUCAUGUCAUCAGUGCCGCCAAAAGACUACUGCUUUUGUGGUUGGGUGUAAGAAUAAGCAAAAAGAUAAGCUCUGUGGAAUUAAUAUUUGUCAUAAAUGCCUAUCAAACAGGUAUGGUGAGAAUGCUAUGGAAGUAUCACUUUUGGAGGAUUGGAAAUGCCCAAAAUGCAGAGGCAUUUGUAACUGCAGUCUUUGCAUGAAGAAACGGGGUUUCCCACCCACUGGUCAACUUGUGAGCACAGCAAAGGCAACUGGAUAUUCUUCUGUUUCAGAUAUGCUGCAGUUUACUGGGAUUGAAAAUAUUGAUCAAAUCAAAGUUCUGAAAGACAAGAGCGGCUCACGGAAAAAGAUAAAAGUUUCAAACAAUGAGGAAAUCAUAGUUUUUUCUUCAGAAAAUAGCGAGAAGGAAACUUGUAUUGAAGAGAUGAGUGGCAUAAAUGUGAAUUCUUCUGCCUUGUCAAAAAGUCCCAGUGAUAAGCAAUCUGCGGGAUGUAAAAGGAAAAAGGCUAGUGUAAAGCCUGAGGGCACAUUGUCGAAGGAUAAUGUAGUGAAUGAACUUGAUGGUCCAAAUGAUGGUGAAAACCAACCAAAAGAGUUGAUGCAAGGACAGCCAAAAUCAGAAUUUGACAGCAAGAGAGGCGAUUCUGAAUCAGUGGAAGAAACUCUAUCAGAAGAGUCUCAAGAUUUCAGAAAGAACAAGGAGAAAAGAUCUCUCAAGGAAGGUUCUCUGAAAGAUAACAUUAUUGAAAAUAAUGAUCCUUUUGCCUUGACUCCAUUGCCCCAGGGAACUGCUGUGACAGCUGUUGGUGACAUUGAUUUACAGCAAGGAGAUGUUGGGAAUGCUUUACAAUUUUUAGAGUUCUGUAUGGUUUUCGGAAAGAUACUAGACAUCAAUAAGGGGCAAGCAGAGGCUGUUCUCAGAGAUAUAUUGCAGGGGAGAAGUACGCGACGUGGAAAAUGUUCUGUGACGAUACAGUUUCUUAGUAGCUUACUAUCUUUCCUGAAAGAGGAGGAAGAGGAAAAAUCUUCAGCAGAAACCUUGACAGAAGGGAAAAACUCAUGUUAUGCUGAUAUCAAAAUGUUGAUCUUGAAAUCCCCCAGUGUUGCAAGAACCAUGAGAUUAGAUUCUUUGAGUAAUGAUGUUGAAGAAUUUGAGUACUUGAAUCCCUCAGAAAAGCUGAAGAUGUUAACUUUUAUCUGCGAUGAAGUUCUUGGAACUGUAAAGAUAAGGGACUGGAUUGAUGAUCAAAACUCAAACUUUGCUGGAAAGGCAAAGGAAGCAAAAGAAAAAGUUGUUGCUGCAAAAAAUGAGGAGAAGCGCCUGAAGGAGAAAAUGCAGAAUGAGAUAGCUCAAGCCAUUAUUGCGAAGAAUGGUGCUCUACUCUCAUUAUCAGAACAUGAAGCAAUUUUUUCUGAAAUUAAACGUGAAUUAGCAGAAGCUCAUGUUUCCUUGGAGGAGUCAAAGAACACCUACUCCAAGUGUAAUAAAAGAUCUGAAGCUGUUAGGACGGAGCCUUUCUUUUCAGGCACUGAUGGUAAAGUUUAUUGGACACUAAAAUGCUACGGUGACAAAUCCGUUCUUUUAUGUCAAGAUGUGGGGACCGGUGAUAUUGCUGCAUCAGAUGAAAAAUGGUCUGCUUUUGACGCUGAACAGAAAGAAAUCAUAGAGAAGCACAUUAAUUCUUUAAGUCGCAGGGUAAAAAGGAGGGUUAGAACUCCCAAGGUGCAGCAGAAACUUCAAUCUCAGGAGAAUGAAGCUACCCCUCAAGAUCUUACUGAUAUUACUGGCACUUCCAUGGAGGAAUGUAAUGAAGAGCAGCUUGUCUGAUGAAUGGUCUUCUUACCUGACCUUCCAGUGAGGGUGGGGGAUGGAAAAAAUAUUACAUUUACAUUUCAAUAUGCUACCUUUUGGUUGCAACUUUCUAGACCAUUGAAUUGCAGUUGUAUCUUAGCUUUGUAUGUACUGUGCCUUAUCCAUAUACUUCCUGUUCCUAUUAAACUUCUUUUAAUAGUAACAAACUUGUUGCUACUGGA